UGAAACCAGCGGUGAAUGGGAACAGUUUGUUUCCAUUGGAGACAUCUCUGUGGGGCUAUUUCAGUGGACCUCGUUGCUGUCUACAACUGCCUGAAGGGACAUUGUAGCCAGAAUGCUGAGACCAAGGUUGAGGAAGCAGCUAAAGAGAGUCCAAAAGCAGCCAGACUAACACAGCAGUCUUCAGAGGAUAAUGAAGUGUUUGGAGAGGCAGAUGUGAAUCAGAACAAUGGGACCUCCACCAAGAGCCCAGCGGUGACAGACUCCAAAGGCACAGCAGACCCGAAGAAUGCCUGGCCUGAGGCCAACCCAGCUGACACGACUGGUCGCCCCCACUUGAUCCGCCUCUUUUCCCGAGAUGCCCCAGGAAGAGAAGACAACACCUUCAAAGAUCGGCCCUCAGAGUCAGACGAGCUACAGACCAUCCAAGAGGACAGUGCAGCAGCUUCAGAGAACUCGGAUUUGAUGGCGUCGCAAAAACGUUCCUCGUUCCGGUACGGAUCAAAAAUGGCCUCUGCCAGCACUACAGACCAUGCCAGGCACGGAUCGCCAAGGCACAGAGACUCGGGUCUGCUUGACUCGCUGGGCAGAUUCUUUGGAGGUGAAAGACACGUUCCCCGGCGGGGCAAGGAUUUUCAUGCAGCCAGGGCCAGCCACCACGUAGGGUCCAUCCCCCCGAGAUCGCAGCACGGCCGGCCUGUUGAUGACAACCCUGUAGUCCACUUCUUCAAGAACAUUGUCUCACCCCGUACACCUCCCCCAAUGCAAGCAAAGGGAAGAGGAUUAUCCCUCACCAGAUUUAGCUGGGGUGGUGAAGCACACAAGCCAGGAUAUGGAAGCGGAAAAUUCUAUGAGCAUAAAUCUGCUCACAAGGGACAUAAGGGAUCCUAUCAUGAGGGCCAGGGCACUCUUUCCAGAAUCUUUAAGCUGGGAGGCUCUGGAUCCCGACCUGGAUCCCGGUCUGGUUCGCCGAUUGCUAGGCGCUGAAGCUUUAAGAGGCAACCCAAGGACCAUGUACUCUGCUUCAUAAUGUAACUGCCUUAAAAUUAAUAACAACUGCAACAAUUACCUAGAUAGAUGCAAUCCAUGACUUAAUGCCAGUUAGGUUCUGCAUGCAGUAGAUUAUACCAACUUCUAUUGGCAAUCCCUGAGCAACAGUUGAAUGAAAGGAACACAGAGUAGCUUUACUAGAUGUUUUCCUUAUUUUAUGUGAAGUAACAAGAUCUCUGACUUUUACUCAUUCCUCUUCAGGAUGCCCUAACUGUAUGCUGGACUUUCUCUUAUUAUUUCUCCCAAGCACCUAAUCUGAGCUCAAGCCUUCUGGUUUCAUUUUAGUGAAUAUCAGAAUUACAAAUAAAAAGCUAAUAUCUUGGAUACCGAGCACUGCUGUUAAUGAAUUUCUGAGACACUGUUGUUAAAAGAAGCAAACAACAAACCAUCAUGUGCAGAAGUUGUAAGGACUGUUUAUCCAAAUACUUUUUUUUUCGGUUGAUUUUGGGUUUUGGUUGUUUUAAUCUUCCUUCUCUCACUCACAGAAUAAUUUGUUUUCAUAACAGGAUUAGGCAGUCAUGGAAAGGUUUAUCAAACAUUGGGUGUUCAAGGCAUGUGAAAUGUGGGAGGGGGCAGAUGUUGUAGAAUCAAUACGAUGCGGAGCAAUAGCAAUGAGGAAAUACCUUUCCCUACCAUGGAUUGCUCAUCGCAUCCAAACCAUUAGAAUUCAGAGAAGAUGAGGGAGAGAAAGAGGAUUUCAAAUUUGAGUUAGACUAAUGUUAAGAAACAAGGGAUAUUCCCAGAGGAGAAACAUCGACGACUGCACAAGUGACCGCUGAGCGUCACGAGUGCUUCGCGCAAACUCUGCUGCAACAGCGUAAAGUUAGCAGUACAAUAAGUAAGUAAAUAAAUACAUAAACAAGUAAGUCUAAUUUCUGAAAGAGAGCCCUUCAGUACUGGUAUCUCAGAUAGUCCUGCACAUCUCACGUCAGAAUUUCAGUGCUACAAGCAGUGUCACGUUUGAUCAGCUGGCUUUUUACCUUAGUAACAUCUCGAUGCCUACUACAGGGCAGUGCACCAAAGCAAACUCUUAGUAAACUACUGUGAACAUUUAACUGUUGUACUGUAGUUGCCUUAUAGAAAUAAAUUAUAGCUGGGUUAGAUUUAGAUAUUAAUUAUUCACAAGUUACUAAAUGGAUGUGUGGCAAUGGCAUUUCCAACCACACCGAGGGAAAUAAAAGGCUCUUCUGAAUUGCACUGUUUUAUUACCUACACUUACCACUUCUUCAAGAUGUUAUCUUAAUGUCUGAUUAAUUAUUUUUUUUUUAGUUUUAGCCUAUGCAUUGCAGACUAUAGUUAAUGCUUCCCAGGCUGGAACUACAUUCCUAAUAAGUGUCCAGUAAAAGUUACCUAUAAAUAUGUAGGUUACUUGCAUUUCACCUUUAGAUCCAUUGUAGGUUUAAAAUCAGUGUCUGUUAGUAAUAAACAAUGAAAGAUGAGAAGAUAGAAAAUACAUAGAGACUGAAGAACACAAACCCACCAAAAUGAUUAUGCAUACACACACACAUUACAACUUCUCUUAGCUGCAUUGGUUACUAUGUGUAUUUUUCUAUUGUAGUCUCAUUCAGAUGUAUACUCUGCAACAUAAUAGUUGGUUUAAUUUGAGUAUGUAUUGUUCUUAUAGGAACACAGCUUUUACAAAUAUACAUUAUUGAAAUAAAGUAAUCAACUUGAAAUGAAA